CGACCGACCGACCGAGUCACGUGCAAAUAGUUGUGCACGUGUGCGUGGUCAGAAACGUUUAAUAUUUUCUACAUUGCCGUUCGGCCGCCUGCUGUGGUACUACUUGUUGAACGCCAUUGUUGUUGUUGUCGAAUUCAGAUGUCACAUCCGGGUGGCGGGAGAGGUGACCGCUUGGAGCAGGCUGACCACACAUGGGGCUCCAGAGUAAACUAUGGAAGUAACGACAACCAAAAUUCCCCCUUGCAUUUGGCGGCUAUCAAAGGUAACAUUGAGAUGUGCAGUCUACUGUUGAAAUUUGGCGCUAAGAGAUAUGUGACCAACCACAUCAACCGCACCGCGGCUCAAAUGGCCGCUGAAAAUGGCCAUUUCCACUGUGCGGCAAUGAUCAACAACUUUGUGCCCCAAGAAGAAGUCAGAUAUUACACAUUACCGGAGUUCACUGGCGCCGAACCAAAGUUACCACCUGAAUUGGAAGGAAUUUUUUACAGAUUUAUUAUGAUGACUAAUAUCCAUCCAGUAAAGGUGGUUUUUGAAUUACCUCCUGUCUUUCUCGUCAAUGAUAAUGCGUUAAAAAUUGUCAAUGUAUUACAGUUGAUGAGCAAGCGUCAAUUUUACAAGAAAGAAGAGUGCCCAAGUACAGUAGAAAUGCUGUCAUUUAAAUUCCAUUAUCUGGCUACUAUUCUGUUUGAACUUGCAAAACCCAAUGAUGAUACAAGUAAAAAGCAAACAGAUCCCAAGGAUGUGUUUAUACAGAAAAUAUCCACAGUCGAAAAUUAUUUGCAACAGUUUCUUUAUGAGUGCAUUGUAAAGUUCUGCCCCAAGGAUACUACACUUUUUAGAAAAAUGGUAUCUUAUAUGGUUCAAGGAAUGGAUAGCCUGCCACCCCUUGAUAUUAUACUAUUACUGGUUGGAAAUAAACGUGCUCAGAGUGUUGAAUCAACUGCUGAACCAUCUCCAACAUGUGCCGCAUGCGAUGAAAUAAAUCCUUCAAAAAAGUGUCCUAAAUGCAAAGCUGUGCAGUAUUGCAACCGCGAGUGUCUGAAAAUUCAUUCAGUUAUGCAUAAAAAGAAAUGUAAACAAAUACGCAAGGAAAUCAAAGAUUUGAAAUCAUCUGAAGAGACUUCGGCUUUAGCCAAAUGUUUAUCUAAAAUAGGGAUCAAAUAAAUUGAAACCAAAACAAAUGGAGAAACAUAAUUUAGUAGAUAUACCUACCUAUGUUGGAUAUUAUUAUUAUUAUAUUAUAUAAUGAUUAUGAUUGUUAUUAUUAUUGGCAUGCAUAUAAUAUUCAAUGGUUAAUUCUUUAUUGG